AUGACCAGCGCGGUGAAAAGAUCAUAUCCUUUCGGUUCACGGCCAACAUCUCUAGUAGACGAAACUCAGCAAUUUAAGGUUCCGCAGGCUCCGUUGCACAAAAAAAUGUCGAUUGCACCUCCCAGUGUUAAUGUUCCUGCUGAGACUUCUACUAUGACGCCGUGGAGAGUGAACAAGACAUCAAAGAAGCAGGAUUUUCCUAACAGUGCUAUUGUUGUUCCUGACAAUAAAACAGUGGCAACAGUUAACGGCGAGAAAAGUCCUUUGCCGAGUCCACCUUCAUCAAAAGGGCGCAGAAAUAUGAAAAAUUUACAAUUGGUGGUUCCACCGGUUCGUUCAUCCAUCUCAGCUCCAAGCUCACCACAGCUGCCACAGUUUUCUUCAUCACACACCCACAAUAGGCGUCCUUCAACUCCCAUAUGUGUAUAUCAAAAUAAAGGUCAAGAAAACUCGAAUCCUGCUGCUGAUCCUAUGGAGUUGAUGUCAAAAACAGAAAAUGCCAUUGGUGAAGAGUUGCCUUACAAGGAAGAACCAAUACUCAUUAUGCAAAAUCUAUACCUUGGCUCCGAAUUGAAUGCCGCUAAUAGAAAAAUGCUUAAGAGACUCGGUAUUGAAUAUAUUUUGAACGUUGCCAAAGAAGUUGAGAAUCCGUAUCUAGAAGAAAUCAUCAACCAAGAUAUCACUAGUUAUCCGGAUUCUUCUCCUUGUUUCUCAAGGUCGGAUUCUGUUUCUUCGGAUGACAGUUUUAGAACUGCCGUACAGUCCCCCGGUAAUCUCGAUUCUCCGAUAGUUCCUCCUUCACCAUUUGGCGAAAUUUUCACAAACUCUUUUCAUAAACGUUCAACGCCACGUCCCACUUCCGCCUCACGCCCCACUUCUACGUCGGCUCAGGUUUUAAUGCAUUCCGGUGUUCCCCUAAUCGUUCCACCAACUUCUGAAUUUACUCCAUUGAAAUAUAAGAAGUUUUUUUGGACUCACAAUCAGGAAAACCUAAACUCGGAUUUCCCAUCAGCUUUUAUGUUUAUUGAUGAAGCACGUUCGGCCGGCAGAAAAAUUCUUGUACACUGUCAAUGUGGUGUUUCCAGAUCUGCCUCUCUCGUUAUUGGCUACGUGAUGAAGGCUAACCGUAUGACACUUAAUCAAGCGUACGAAUAUGUGAAGAACAAGAGCCCUUAUAUCAGUCCAAAUAUGAGCCUUGUGUAUCAACUGGUUGAUUUCGAAAAGACCUUAAAAUUAGGAUCCAACAACAAUAAUAGUAAUGCAUUACCUGGAACGCCAACAAAGAGCAAACCUGAUUCCAUAAGAUCACAUUCUCGUAGUUCAAGUAUAGAGAGUGAUCUACUCCUGAAAACCCAUCGACGUAGCGGUAGUAUUCCAAGAAACAAUCCGGUACUAAGUGUUGUUCCUGUUCCCGAACCGUCACCGAAAACUCCCCCUGUUGUUUCUGAAGGAUUGUUGAGCGCGCAGAUAUCUCAUCAAUCUACUGUGAAAGGCGGAUCUGGAAGGUUUCAUGUCAUUACUGCAUCUUUAACACCCACUUCUCCCGCCGCACUAUCCCCCUCCUCUCCCGCAUCGUCUGUGUCUCCUACAAGCACCGAAUCGCCUACAACCCCAUCGAGUGGGUCACCUUCCCCGUCAAAAAGUUCUCCGAGGCCAUUGCCAUUGCCAAAGAAUGGUCACCUAACCGCUUCAAACAGGUCUCGGUCACCUUAUUCUUCAGAUCGAACUCCACUCUCACCAAGGGAAACGAUCAAUACACCAAUGUCCCCAACAUUUGCAACUUCAAAAUCAAUGUCCACCGCCACAUCACACAAUUCGUCGAUCACAUCCAAUCAAUUCACACCCUUUGAUAAUUUCGACUCUAAAACACAAAGAGUUGUCAAUCAAAACAAUAAUAUAAUUGGGCACGAGGUGAUAAGUGGUCCUGUGAUAUUUAGUAAAUCUACGCUGGAAAGCAUAUUCUCCCCAACAAGAACGUCUCCACCUGUUACUCCAGUCACGAUUCCAAACAUUCAUGACAUAUUUUUGGACGACGAAUAA